AUGACCCAGACCUCUCAUUUUAAGGUGUCGCUAUCGUCAGCGGCUCUGUUCCACGGUCUGCAAGAGGCUGAAUCGAACGACUCGGCUUCAGUGUUUCAUUUUCUCUGGCUGCUGAUUUCCGUCUGCCUAUUCAUUUGGGAAAUUCAUGCGAUGUUCAGCGCCACAUUCGGUGUUAUGAAAGAGAUGAAGCUACGCGCCUACAGUAAGCCACCUCCAAGUUAUAACCAGGUGAUCGCCGACGAUGUUCCUCCGCCAACAUAUGCGCAGGCAUUGGAACGACUUCAGAAGCCGGUUAUGCUUGACGUGGUCGCCCUCGAGGCAGCCCUUGCCCCAUCUUCGCCAUCCCCGAAACCGACGACGACUUCUGCUUCCAACGCUGGGACGCAGAUUGUCUGA